CGUUUUGAAUUUUUUUUAAACACUCUCCCUCACACACAACUUUAAAAAAAAAGAAAAAAGCAUUUCGUUUGGCAUCGUCACACUGAUGAGAAAGGAAUAAAAGGAAAGUUGGCAAGUGUAUGAUGAGUGAGUGAUAAGUGUAUGACGAGUGAGUGAUUUCCAAAGUAGAAAAAUGGAAGAAGGAGAAAUGAUUUUUCAUGGCAUGAAGAGAAAACAACUGCAAGCGCUUUGUAAAAAGCAUGGAAUUCUUGCAAAUAAAUCCAAUGCCGAAAUGGCUCAUUUGUUGACUUUGACUCUCAAGGCAAAUGAAAAUCCCACAACGCAAGGUUAUGGUGAAGUACCAAACGAGAGUGAUUCCACGAAUGUGCCUAAAAAAUCAAAGAAUGUUAAAUUCAGCCCUGAUGUUGAAGUACGUGAAUACGAGCCUUCGGUGUAUAAAGGAAGGAAGAGGAGCUUGGUUGAUUCUGGGAAAGUUAAUUGUUCUCUCCCUAGAGCUAGGAAUAGAGUGCAGAGAACAGUUGAAAGACAUGUAGAUAAGGUUGUUUUGCCGGUUGUUGGGAAGAAGAGAGGAAGAGGAGGAGAGAAGAAAGGGAGUGUUGGAGUGGAAAAUGUUGAUUUUAGUGAUAAGCCACAACCUCCUGUAAUUACGAAGGAUGGAGGUGCUCAACUCGUGAAGGGUGGAGAUAAUUUGAGUAGGAGGCAAUUGAAAAGUAGAGAGGUGGUGAUUGAAAAGAAUGUGGAAGGGGGUGAAGGAGAUUUGGUUGUUUCGAGGAAGAAUUCGAAACGGGGAGUUUCUAGAAAGAGAGGGAAUAGCGAGGGGAGUGCUUUGUUGGAUGAAGUUUCUCUAGAGAAUGUAAGUGCAAACGACGAUGCUAGACCUGCAAAUGUCCCGUCGAGACCAAGAAGAAGUGUUAGGAAGAAUGUAAGUACUUCACUAUUGAGUGUGGAGUUGGGAAAAAGUGGAAUUGUUGGCAGGACUACUCGAUCACGGGCGAGGGUAGAGAAUACUUCUGUAGCUGAUAAUAAAGCUCAAACCUUCGAGGUUCAUGAUGAAUGUGAAAAGGUUCUCCAGACUGAAGAACCUUUGAAGGGUAUCGGUAGUUAUGCUUUGGGAAGAAAAUCUUUUGUGCCUCAGAAGGGGGUGGCAGUAGAAAUUCUAAUUGAUGAAGGUGUUGAAUCAGGGAAGGGUAACAGGCGUUCAAGAAGAAAUGCUAGGAACAAGGAAGGUACUUCAUUAUCGAGUGGAGAUUUCAGCAAAACUGAAAUUGUUGGCAGGACUACUCGGUCACACUCUAAGUUGGAGGAAAAUACUUCUUCCCUUACUGCAAAUAAAUCUGAAACCAUUGAGAUUCAGGAUAAAUGUGAAAAGGUUAACAGGCGUUCAAGAAGAAAUGCAAGGAACAAGGAAGGUACUUCAUUAUCGAGUGGAGAUUUCAGCAAAACUGAAAUUGUUGGCAGGACUACUCGGUCACACUCUAAGUUGGAGGAAAAUACUUCUUCCCUUACUGCAAAUAAAUCUGAAACCAUUGAGAUUCAGGAUAAAUGUGAAAAGGUUCUUCAAGAUGAAGAAUUGUUGAAGGAUUUGGGUAGAUAUACUUUGAGACGUAAAUCUAUGGUGCCUCCGAAGGGAGUAGAGGUAGUAACCUUGCCUGAAGAAGGUCUUGAAUAUGUAAAGGAUAUCAGGCGAUCAAAAAGAAAUAUGGUAAAGGAUACAGAUUCCAAAUCUAUUAUGCAAGUUGCUAUUAGUAAGAGGGCAAAGUUUGGAGCUCAGGUUGCAGGGAAUGCUUGUGCAGUUGGAAGUGCAGUUGAGGUUACCAAGGUUAACAAGGAGCAGAACAGGGCUGUUCAGCUUGGGGAAUCUUUGAAGGCUCAAGGUAGAAAUGCUUCAAGACAGAAACAUGUUACAGCUCAAAAGGGCAAGGAGGAAAGUGAAGGGCCAGAGGUAAAAAGGGAAACCAGGAAGCAACCAAGGAAUCCAUAUUUGAAGGCAGUUAACGAGGUCGAAGCUUCUGUACAGUCUAGAGGUGGGAUUGAAAAGGCUGCGGUACCCAUUGGCCAUCUGAGGAGGUCCAGACGCAACACUGUUGUGUCAAGCUCUACUUUUGCCACCGAUGAAUUAGGAACUGUUGAAGCUGUUGGUAAGGUUGGGCAACUGAAACGAAAGCGUAACCCAAUGAUGGAGAAAGAUGCUUCUGCCGUUGUGGGUGAAUGUUUAGUUGGUAAACCUUCAAGACAAUCCACAAAACGUGCCUCUAAAAGUGACUUGGUUGGAUAUACCUUCCUGGACAAAACUGUUGAAAAGAAGGAACAGAGUAUAUCUGCACUUCCAACUAUGGUAGAGGAAGCUAUAUUUACUGAAGAAAUGCGAAAUCAGGACACUGGAUUGAUCUUGCCAGAAGCCACAGGGGACAAAUAUAAUUUCAGUUUGAACCGCUGGGAGGAAGUUCUUAAAACUUCUGACAAGAAGGGGUCUCAGAGUAAAACAAGUGAAUUGAGAAGAACCAGUUUCUUCGAAGUCUCUGCAUUAUGCUCUGACAUUCAGGAGGGCAUAUAUAGAAAAACAAUUUUGCAGGAAACUUCGUCUCCAACAUCAAUAUCACUAACGCCAGUAUCUGCUUGUGCAAACCAAGAAACGCUAAAGAAUGCAAGUCAGCCUGCAGUCCUUAACGAGGAGGCUAAUAUUGUCGUAGGUGACAUGGAGAAACUUGACGUGGAUGAUCCAUCAUGCAGAUCUACAGAUGACGGUGCAGAUUCUGGGCUGGAGAAAGGACUUGAAAGAAAAGAACUGGGAGAAGACUUACGCUUAGAAAGUCGCGAUGUCAAUGAUUGUUCAACUGAAGUUGAUAGAACAUUUGCUCUGGAGGAUGGUAUCUGUGAUCUAGAAAAUACUGGACAGUACAUUACAGGAAAUAACAAUGAGUAUGAAGAGGCACCUUGUGAGGAUAGAGCAUCACCAGCUGCUGGCGAAGAGAUGGUCAGUUUGGGCACUGAAAUAAACUUACAGGAGAAUGGUGAUGUCCUCACCGAAGCUGCUGAAGAGAAACAAAAUCUUAUUUCAGAGGGAAACUCUGGCGAUGUUUCUCAGCUUUCUAGAGGAACACGCAUACAUGAACUUUUAGAUGGAGAAGGAACCUGUCUGAGUGUCCCAGAACAAGGCACCGAUGAAGGUGAAAAUUGUUCUGCAGCCACUGUACCUUCACAAUCAGCCACUGGUAUUGGCAAGCAAAGAUUGUCCUUUUCUUCAGGUGAUGCCUCUGUGGGCAGGAACAUACUACAUCAAGAUGAGAAAUCAACAACAAAGAGUAAUUCAAGUUGUAAGGAUGGAAAGCAUGUUCUGGAGGAAAAGGAAGCUGCUUCAGAUGCUUUGCCACAAUCUUCUCUGAAGGAAUUGCAAGAUAAAAAGGAGGAUAAUAUUGCAAUAACAAGAGAAACUGAAGUCACCUUGCACAGUGACAGUGACAUAGUAUCAACUGGAGUGAAUGCUUCACCGAUGCUUUCUGAGGAGCUCAGUUGUUACAAUGAGAUGAUUGCAAAAAUAAACUGCAGCAUUGAUGCUACCGUUGAUGCGCCUAUUAGCAAGUUCCAUGAAACUGUUAUGGAUAUGAACAGUGGCCGAGACAUGGAUGAAGAGUCGGAUGUUGAACAAUGUGAAACUAAGGGAGAAGAAUCAGGAUGCGCUGUAGUAACUGAGCACGGUGAUGACAGUGGUUGCCAGAAGGUGUCUGCAAAGGUAAAUGCCAACGCUGACUCCUGUUUAGUUCAUUUGGUUUCUGAAGGAACGGAAGGUUUUGAAGGGGAAACAUUUGAUAUGAUGAUGGGCCGUUCUAGUGAUUUCCGUGUAUCAAGUAAAGAGAUGGUCAAUGGUACAAAUAUGGCUAGAGAACAGUGCGCUCACGUUGUCAGGAAGGAAACUGCAAAUGAUGCUCUCUUAGCUGAGCUUUGUGAUUACAGCAGCGGCGAGGAGGUGGCUGCCAAUCUGAAUGGCAAUGCUGAUACAAGUCUGACUCCAGCCAUUUAUAAAGAAAUUGAAAUUUCAGGGCGAAAGAAUGUUGGAUCGGGCGAAAACACUUCUAAGAGCACAAAAGGAAAUAAUAUGUGGACAGACCACGAAACCUUACCUGUAGGUAGUGAUUCCAAUGCUGGCACUUUUGCACAAGGUAUGGAUGAGCACUUAGAUGAAGAGAAAACUGCAGAAAUGAGUGGUGGUGAACUCUGUGAUCAUAUCAGUAGAGAUGGUGAAGCAGCUGACAAAAAACCACUAAUGGUAACAACCGAAAGAUUGGACAUGUCAGACACACAAAAUGAAGGAACUCCACAACGAAAUAGUCCUUCACGGCCCAGUGAUCUUUGUGAUCGUAUAGGUGGAGCUGGUGAAGCAGUUGACAAAGAAUCAUUAAUGGUGACAGCUGAAAGAUUGGACAUGUCGCACACAGAAGAUGAAGGAACCGCACAAUCAAGUGGUCCUGUGGGGCUUGAUUGUGAGCGUAUUGGUGAAACAUCAAAUGUAGUUAUGAGCACCGAGCUUGAACCCGGAGUUGAGGCUGGUAAAUUUGAUAAUCUCAAAGAGGGGAAUGCUUUAGAGCUAGAAAGAAGUACUUCCAUUGCUUCAGAAAACCAUAUCUCUAUGGAUGCCAUAGCUGCUUUUAUGAAGGAAGACGUUGAAAAGGUGGGGGAUGAUUCGAAGUUGAAGCAUAGCAACAUUGAUGAUGAGAAGAAGUACAGCAUUUUUGCUCUCCAACAUGUUACUUCGAAGGGCAUUGCGGAGCACUCAGUUGAGGAACUUCUUCAUGAGAAUAAAGAUGAUUGUAAUGUUGUAUCAAAGGAUGCCAGCAAGAACAUUGAAGCAGAUGAAGCUGGGUCGGUGGCCAUUGGUGGAAAGAUUUGUUUUGAGAAAAUUGACGACAGCAACAACUGGACUGAAGGAACGCCGAUUUCUUUAAAACAAAAAUUAUUUGCCGAGUCAUCUUCUGGAACAUGCGGAAUGGGUUCAUUUACUGAUGCUGUCUCAGUGCUGCAUGUUUUAUUAUCUCAAACAACAGACCAUAUACCCCCACAGCUUCUCACUGGAUCUGAUGCAUCUGCCUCGUUCACCAACUGGGAAUUGAAUUUGAUUCAAGGGAAGACAGAACAUGAUCAAGUUGAAUCUGACGAGGAAGCCUUGAAAGACAAUUUGACAAGCAACGAUUCUGAGCAUACUACAAAGGUGAACAAAAAUGUUGAAGAAAUCUCGUUCACCAACUGGGAAGCGAAUUUGAUCCAAGUGAAUGGAGAACAAGAACAAGUUGAAGAAUCUGACGGGGAAGCCUUGAAAGACAGUUUGAUAAGCAACGAUGUUGAGCAUACAGUAUGGGUGAACAAAAAUGUUGAAGAAAUCCUGUUCACCGACCGAGAAGUGAAUUUGAUCUUAGGGAAUGGAGAACAACAUCAAGUUGAAGAAUCUGAUGGAGUAGCCUUGAAAGACAAUUCAAUAAUCAACGAUCCUUUAGAUGAGCAUGGAGCAGAGACAAGCAUAAGCAACAAUACUUUCGAUGAUGCUCCUCAAGACUUAAAAGUAGACAAUAUCUCAUAUCCUGAAAUUCAAAACACCUGUGAAACAGGAUUGGGUGCAAUAGACAAAGUUAGCUCAGUAACCCCUUCAAAGAUGGGCAUCUUAGAGGAAGUGGGUAUUGGAGGGACUUUCCAACCAGUUAUUCCAGUUGAGGCAUCACCUGAAACGGCUAAAUGUUCGCUACAAAAAACAUCUUUAAGCUGCAGCAAACCAGAACAGAACGUGUCUUCAGAACAACUAGUAUUUAAUGAUACCUAUUGUAGCUUACCUGAAAUCACUUCAGUUUGUUCUGUUGUACAGAAAAAUGGUCCCGUGUCUUGUGAAGGCAGGUUUGUACCACAAUUAUAUUGUAAAGAUAUGAGCAAUUAUGGAGGAGAAGAAACAACUUGCAACAACAUAGGAAGCAAUCCCACAGAGCAGGGUGAAUUCCACAGAGAGGACUAUGAGGUUUUAAUAGCACAAAAUGUCGGAUCUGAGGAAGUUACAGAAGCUUUAAAUGAUGCUACAGACGAUACCAGCUUAGAAACUAAUCGAAGUGAUCCUCGGGAAGUUGCAAUAGAGCAAGCCAAUGAGCACCCAGAUGAAGUAAAUGAAUCAGCUCUCAUGAUUGGCCUUGAUUGUCAACCUCAAAAUCAGCAGUCAUGUCAGAGAGAGAGAGAAAGCCACGCCAUAGAGACUGAGGCAGCACAUUGCUUGCAUAAGCUUGAUGUUGGUGUUUUCUCCAAGGAGAUCGUAGACUUUGGAAAUGGCAUUGUGACUUCUCCAUUCAAAUGCCAGAGAGAUGUUGAUUCCCCUGCUGGUUCUUCAUUCAGUGUAUCUCAACAUCAUAUAACAGAAAAUGAUGCCUGGGAGCUGAAUUUAUUUUUUGGAGAGAACGAACAAGAUGAGAAUCAAACAUCAGAUACACGGUUCUUGCUCACCAAUUUGAAAAAAGAGGAUGCUGGGAAGGUGGAAGAAAAUAUAGUUGUUACUGAACAUGCCACUGUUCAAGUUGCUGAGGAGCAACAAGGUGAACUAGGGCAAGUAAUGGAUGAGAAAAUUGAAGAGGCAAAACACACAUUCUUCACUAUUUUAGAUGAGCUCAACUUUGAAGAUUCCGAAGGUUCAAAGAAGCAAGUUUGUGUUCCCCUCGAGGUUGAUAGCAUUCAAGAGUGUAUUAACUGUGAGAAUCAUGAAAACAAGUCUGUGAAUACCGAGCAUUCUUAUGAUUCCGCGGAAAAAGAAAUCUGGAUAGAUGUUGCUGAGGUGAAUGCUUGUCAUGAUGCUGUUUCAUCAGAGCAAAGGGUGGAAUGCGAUCUAAUCUACCUGAAACAACAUAAUAAUGAAAACCUCAGUGGCGAAGAUGUUGGAGUAACAAAGGACUUGAGUGUGGAUGUGUCGUCCAAACCAGAUGUACCCAUUUUGGAUCAAUCUCCGGAAAUCACAAAUUCAGCUAUUAGUAAAGAAAUUGCUGUUGGCGAUGACCAGAAGCGUCAAAUGAAGUUGCCAUCACCUCAAAAGACAACUUCAUGUGCUGAAGACGAAGAAAGCCAUAGCUCGGAUGCGAAACAGUUGAACAUUUCAAUGGUUAAAGUGAAGAUCAAUAAAACUGGUUUUGUUCAAGCUACUCCCCGGAAGAUGGUUACUUAUACCGGCAUGAAAGAAAACCUGGCAAGUAUCAAGAGGGAGCAACGUGGUAAUAUGACAGCUCCGAACGCAUUAUCAAAGAGGCGGGCUCUGGGGAAUCUCAGAAACAAUUAGACUUUAGUGGCCCCUUCUGGUUUUUGGUUGGUUAUUUUUAGUUUUUGCUUUCAGAUAUGAGCAUAUCUCAUGCAUCUUUUACCGGAAUAUGGAAACUCUGUUUUGGUUGCGCAGAAUUUAGAUUUAUUCGUGUAAUCUAUGUCUGAUCACCGAUUUCUUAAGCAACGAAAUACUUAUUUAUAUAUUUCCCGAGUUUGUGU